AUAGCCUUUCAAUGAACUUGUGUGAAUGUAAUAUGGUUAUUAGAGUUGACUCUUUGGAAAAAUCCGGAGAAUGGUGUCCACCUUACUAACUAUCUCGGAUGUGGCACCGCUUCUCUUGUUGCUUUUUAAACAACUUUUCCCUUCAAAGAUUUGUUCUCUCUGUAAAUAAAACAAAAACGCUUUUGUUCUAUUACUUUUCUCUUUGAGUUUCUAAAUGUCAACCUAAAUGUUGGCUACCUAAAAGGUCUCGUUACCAGCCAUAAAAUGUUUAUGAGAGAGACAAAUGUCAUCGCUUCACAGAAAUUAAAAAGAUUUGUUGUUAUUAGAUAAAAUGUUGAUAUAAAUAUGUACUUACCUAACACAAAACAGAAAUACCAUAAAAUAGAAAAGUUUAAUGCACAACAGCCAAAGAAGUCGUAGUUGGUUUUUAACAGAAUAAUGUGUGAUAAAAAGUUAUAAUUUACAACAAUAGCUCGAUAGUAGUUUCAAUCAAUUUUGUAUUGAAAAGUUUCGCUAUGCCAGAACAUGUGGAACUUCAACAACUCGUGGAUAUGUCAGUCGGCAGCGGGGAUGAGUCCAUCCCCAAUCUACUCGAGAACAAGAGACCUCUUAUAAAGCGAUGUCCAUAUCUUGGUUUGAUUUUAGCUACUUUAUCCUCUCUAUUUUUCUCACUAUGUUCAGUUAUAGUAAAGAGUUUAGUCAACAUAGAUCCAAUGCAACUGGCAAUGUUUCGGUUCAUCGGAGUACUUUUACCGACGAUACCUAUAGUUGUAUACACCGAGCAGCCAGUCUUUCCACAAGGUAAACGUUUAUUGCUAGCUUUACGUUCCAUUGUCGGAACAGUAGGUCUCAUGCUGAGUUUUUACGCAUUCAGGAAUAUGCCGCUAGCAGAUGCAUCCGUCAUAGUGUUCUCUGUGCCCGUUUUCGUAGCACUUUUCGCGCGAGUUUUUUUAAAAGAACCCUGCGGUAUGUGGAAUACAAUUUCCAUAAUUCUUACGUUAAUUGGUGUUAUAUUAAUAACACAUCCGCCAUUUUUAUUUGGUGGUACAGUAACAGAACAUAAUUCAAACUAUAACAGUCUUAGAGGAGCUGUAGCUGCAUUUAUAUCGACAAUAUUUGGAGCAAAUGCCUAUGUUCUUCUAAGAGUACUCAAAGGAUUACAUUUUUCAGUGAUCAUGACAAAUUUUGGAGCUAUAGCAAUUUUACAAACAUUUGUCUAUUCAUUUGUUUUUGGCUUGCUAUGCAUGCCAAAUUGUGGCACAGAACGUUUCCUUGUUGUUUGUUUGGCUUUGUUUAGUUAUUUGGGUCAGAUCUUAUUAACAAUGUCAUUACAAUUGGAACAGGCAGGCCCUGUGGCCAUAGCUCGAUCAGCUGAUAUUGUUUUCGCCUUUCUAUGGCAGGUGAUGUUUUUUAAUGAAAUCCCAAGUAAAUUUUCAAUUUGCGGUGCUGUUUUAGUGUUGAGUUCUGUUAUGUUAGUUGGUUUAAGGAAAUGGGCGUUAGCUCUACCGGAAGACUCUAGUUUAAGGAGUAAAUUAGGUGCACUUGCACGAUAAUCAUGUAUUCCCAUUUUGAUCUUUAAUCUCAUUAGGAUAUUAUACCACACUGUACCUUAUUAUUCUAGUCAAUGUAAUGGAUAUCUUGUUUUUGCACUCUUUGUUUAUCCUAAAAUAAUUUUAGAAAUUAAAUGUUUCUCAUAAUUAUCUAUUUUCCAAACUGUGACAAUAUUACACUGUAUUCGAGUUAGUUAAAGAUGUUAUACUGUAGUGGUCAUAGAUACAAGCUCAUCAUGAUUAGAUCACAUUUUCAUUGAAUAAGUAACCAUAAACAAUUAUACUGGAAUAUGCUGUUAAAAUAAACAUAUUGAUGAUUUUUUUUAAUUAUUGAUUAUAUCAGAUUUUUAGCAGUAUUAAAUAGUAGGCGCUAAACAUAACUUGACUCCCUAUAGGAGAAAUAUAAAGCCUUAAAUUGUGCAACCAUUACCAUUGUUUUUAUUUAAAAAUACAUGUCUGUUUCACUUUAAUUUUUUUGUGAAAUCAAUGUUGUAAUAAUGAGUAUUUAUGACUUUAUUAAUAUCUACAUUUUGUCUGCAAUAAAUAUAGAAAUCAUGUUGUGAAAGCAUAUUGCUUAGUAAUUAAUGAAUUAAAUUGGUUGAUAUCUUGAAUCUAUUUACCAACCAAGACUGUUAAAUGUCCAAUGUUUACUUGAGUUGUGUGCUUACGUCCUGGCCUAUAUGACUCUUUAAUAUACUUAUGUUGUUAAAUGUAUAAAUUAAAUACGUACUUAUUUAAAUAAAAUCAUAUAAUAUUCUUAACUCAUCGCUCUGGUUUUGUCUGCUCACACAAUUGAUGUCUGAGGGCCAAAAGAUAAAUAAAUUACGGCAACAAAUAAAGUGGUAAGAUAUGACUAUCUUGACAGUAAAGAGUUGUAUUAGAAGUAAUGCUUUCAACAUACUGUAUGUCAAGCACGAAAAUCUAUCGAAUUCGUAUUGUAAAUGUAUUGAGUGCUCGAUACGAAAACGGAUCAUUGCAUUAGUUGGUAGUACUCGAUAACCAGCCUUCGAGAUUUACGUUACCUUAUGUCAAAACAAUUUUCAUGCUCUCGAUUAUGAGUAUACUUGAGUUUCGAGAAUGUAACAAUUCGAUUGCGAAACUAAAGUAAAUAAAUUCAUUCGUGUUGCUUUAUUGCUGACUAGCGCUCCGCUCCGGCUCCGUUCGGGUCUUUAACAAAAAUUUCAACGAUAUAUGACGUUGUUUUAUUUUUUUAAAUAAAAGAACACUUAUUGCGGCAUAACUAUAAUAGUUAGACAUAUCCUGUCGCGACACUUAUUAUAAAUAAUAAUGUGUUCUACAAGGUGUAGUACAUUAUUUAAUUCUAUCAUCAAUCGUUUUCGCAGGGCACGCGAUGUAAAGAAUAUUUUAGGUAAUUUUUUUACACCUUGGGUUACAUUAUUGGAGUUUUAGUUAGUAUUCCUAGAUUAUAGCCUAUGUCACUCCGGAAUAGAGUAGCUUCCAAACAGUGAAAGAAUUAUUCAAAUCGGUUCAGUAGUUUCGGAGCCUAUUCAAUACAAACAAACACACAAAUCUUUCCUCUUUAUAAUAUUAGUAUAGACUAGCGACCCGCCCUCGCUUCGCUUCGGAAACAUUAAAACACACAUGAAACCAAAAAAAUAAAAUCAGGGACAAUGUCGGCUUCUAAUGGAAAAAGAAUUUUUCAAAUCGGUCCAGUAGUUUCGGAGCCUAUUCGAAACAAACAAACAAAUCUUUCCUCUUUAUAAUAUUAGUAUAGAAGUAUUAAGUAUAAAAGUAUAGAUUAAUUCCUUUAACGGACGGUAGUAGGGGCACUGUUUAAAUCCUAUCUAUUUUUUCUCGAUAGAGAUACGAAUACUUUUUCGAUAGUCAUUCGUGCUUGCCCUUCAGAGUGUAAAGCUUUAAUGAGGAUUGAAAAUUUUAUUAAUUAUAGCUAAAUCCAAUACUUAGCAUGAUUGUUUGCACUUGAUUCUAAAUGAAAAGUUAAGCUUUGUGAUGCUCUCUAACAAAACUAAUUGUGAAUUGUUAAAACUAUUUCAUUGUGUGAUUUUUUAAAAGUUUUAGUAAAUAGUCAUUACUUGUUGCUAUGUUUAUAACUAUAUUUAUGCAUAAAAUUUGAUAAUAAAUUGAGAAUAGAUCUAUAAUUUUAAGGUAUUUGAUAAUAAUUUUGGUACUAUAGUGUGAAGCUUUGAAGUUUUCAAACAAUUUAUCUAAAUUGUUUUAAAACAUUUUUAAUAACAAUCACGAGGUUUUGUGUGUGUGUGUUUUUUUUUCUGUGCACAAUUUAAAACCUCUGUCUUUGUAAAUGUGGCCGCAAACGGGGGUUGCUAGCUGAUAAAGAUGGAAACCUAGAUCCAAAGUAGAGUGAGAGAGUUAAUGCGUAACAUCGUUUGUCAGACAAGGAUGGCGGUAGACAAACUUACCCUAUUUAAAAAUUAAAAACUAAUGCGCAUGCGUCGAGUGCUAGUUUAUUCAACCAACUGCGCUCACUUUCUUACUUUACAAACGAUAAUUUAGUUAGGUACUCAAAAAAAAGUGGGAAUUUUUAUUUGCUAUAUUAUUAUGCUAAUGAAUUAUAUUCAUAUUGCUGUUAUUAGUAAAGUUUUGUACUUAAUUUAUAAAAAAAUUAGAUGCUAUGUUGGGUAUGUACAUACAGUACUCAAAAAUCUAAUUUAGCAAUUUUCAUUGUUGACUUCUAAGCAAUUUAAAUUCGAUAACGGCGGAUUUCUAUCAUAAAAAUGUGAUACCGCAAAUGCUUAGUUAUUUUUAAAGAGUGCAGGUUAGGCUGAAAGCUAUCUAGUCUUUUAUUGUUAAUUCGUACGAGAAUAGCGCGAAAGCGGUGAUGGAAGUUUUUUUUCCUACCUAUUCGGUAGCCUACACACACUGCGACGCAACUUCUUGAUGAAUUUUAGUUGUUACAAAAAUGACGCGAGGAUUUGAUAUUUACUUAUUGCGCGACAGGAGGUGUUUGUUGAUUGUAAAAAAAAUGGCUUACACGAAACGAAAAGAAAAACGGAAAACUUUUACAAAUUAGUAAAGUUCUGCCAAUUUUACUAUAGCACAGCUGCCUUAGAUUGAAUUAGACUAAUAGUUGUAGUAGUCAUUAAACAAUAACAUGUUUGAACACACAACCUCGUUAUAUCCGUAAUGUGAAUCCAGCUUAUUGUUAAUGUUGUUUCAUUGAAUAACUAAAAUUUAAAAAUAAUCGUUUAAGGUCUGAAAUGAAAGAGGUUCAUUAAUGGUUUUUUAUUAUACUUAAAUACUCAAUAAUUGUGAUGUUUUUCUAGUCGGUAAUAUUAUGGUUACCUAUUGUGUACACUGCUUACAUUAAAUAAAGGAAAUUUUGAAAUUCA